GCGCGCGCUCUCACUGAGCACACACACACACACACACACACACACACACAGCCUCAUCAUUUCCAACAUGUUCACGGGCAGAGGAUAUAAGAGGAUCAACCGCUGAACAUCUCGUGCUUUUUUUUACGGGUGCUGAUGUGCUGUUGCGCCCCCUUUCUGUGUCUCCUGUAGUGCGUCAUGGGAAACCACCCAACAUUCCUACUGCUGCUUCUACGGAUGCUCACCACUGAGUUGUGUCAUGCUGAGGAUGUGAUAUCGACGACUAUGAUACCAAUGGAGGACGUGACCGAGAUCCCAAUAUCCCCCACUGCCCUGAAGGUGUCGAGGGGGCAGAUCCUGGCAGCUCAGUUUGAGUGUUACCUCAAAAUACUGCACGACCCACCACGCACAGAGCUAGGGCCGUACUGUAACCGCACGUGGGACGGCUGGCUUUGCUGGGGAGACUCGCCUCCCGGAACCAUCAUACAGGCCUGUCCUACUUAUUUCCAAGACUUUGACCCAACAGAAAAAGUAACCAAAGUGUGUAACUCGGAUGGACAGUGGUUCAGACAUCCAGACAGCAACCGACUGUGGUCCAAUUACACCCUGUGUUCAGCCUACACCCAAGGAAAAGUCACGGUUGCUUUCACUAUGUAUUACCUGGCAGUGCUGGGGCACUCUCUGUCUGUGGUCUCCCUGCUUAUAUCCAUUUUCAUCUUCUCUUAUUUCAAGUGUCUAAGCUGUCAGAGGAUCUCUCUCCAUAAGAACAUGUUUCUGUCCUUCAUCUUUAACUCCAUUCUCAUGGUCAUCUCAUUAACCAUGAUCGUCCAUGAUGAGCAACUGGCUGCCACUAACCAGAUUGGCUGUAAGAUUUUAUCCAGUUUGAUUCAUUACGCAUCAUGCUCGACAUAUUUCUGGAUGCUGUGUGAGGGGAUCUACCUGCAUACACUCAUCAUUGUGGCUGUGUUUGUUGGAGAACAACAGCUGGGUUGGUACUACCUGCUGGGCUGGGGAUUCCCAGUUAUUCCAGCUGUCAUUCACGCUGUGGCUCGUCUGUACUUCUAUGACGACAAUUGCUGGAUAAGCAACUCUAACCUGCUCUACAUCGUCCAUGGCCCAAUCCAUGUGGCCCUGGUGGUGAACCUCUUCUUCCUGUUGAACAUAGUGCGUGUUCUGAUCACAAAGCUGAGAGUGACCCACAAGACCGAGUCCAAUGCCUACAUGAAGGCUGUACGCGCCACCCUUAUCCUGGUGCCCCUGAUGGGAGCUCACUUCAUCUUGGUGCCCCUGCAGCCCGAGGGCAGACUGCCCUUAGCCGUGUACGAGUUCUUCAUGAACAUCUUCAUGCAUUUUCAGGGCCUCCUUGUUGCCAUCAUCUUAUGUUUUGGAAAUGGGGAGGUGCACUCAGCUAUAAGGCGUAAGCUUGCCCAGUACCGGGUCCAGUGCAAGCAGCGCCUGGUGACGACCGACUCUCACUCUCACAACUACCACACCAACUCCUCCAUCGUCGAGACCAGCCGAGGGGCCCUGAGUCUGGAACACAUGCCACCUCAGCUGGACGAGGACAAAACCCACACAGCCAUGGUCGUCAUCAACGGCCAGAGCAACGGCAAGCGCAGCUUCAGCGAGGAAGAUCACAAAUUCAAAGUCCUAGAGUCAUCAACGAUCUGACAAUAAAAUGGAAAGAGACUUUUUUAAAUAUUCAGUACUAAGCUCGUUUAAAGAAACAGGUCACCUCGAAUGUGAACAGUGAUUUAAAAAAAAAAGGCAGUUAGUUAAACUAGCUUUAUAAUACUAAUUGGUCCAACUCUUCAUUUUAUUUUUAAAUGGCGUCCUCAGUUCAUCUAUCUCACAACACUGUAAUAAAGGAGAUGUAACUGAAAGUCUGGCAGAGCUCCUGAGAUCUUUUAUUCAGAGAUCACGAGUUUGAAUGUCAAAGAUGCCCCACGGACAACUAGAGAUAAAGAGAAGCAAUCAAUUCGACAAGGUGAACGAAUUUAGUUUGACGCUGCUUUAGCUGAGAAUUGGUUAUAUGGUUAUAUUCAGAAACCGCACUAAUUGGCUAAUGCUAGCACAAAAUACACAAAAUUCCACCUCGCGUUUAAACCUAUACAGAGAUACUAGCUAUCUAAUAGACAAAACUUUAGCCAGCUGUGUUUUUGUGACAUGAUGAGCUACGUUAGAAAAAUAAUAACAUUUAUAUUAAUGCACUUGAGGACUUAGCUAGCCUACUAUCCGUUAGCCACCACUUUUUAGCUAGCUAUCUUGCAACCAAAACAUAGGACUUACCAGGAUAUUUGGGGCUUUUAUUUGUGCUAAACAACGAAUUUACAAUUUGUCCACCUUACAGAUUGGUCGCUUGGGGUCAUCCGGAGAGAUCUAAAUGAAUGGCUGGGAAUUUUCUAUGAUUGGUUUGGGGAUAAAUUGCAUUUAUAACAGGUUUGGAUUAUGAGUAGUGGAUAUUUUAUGUCAUUUCAACCAGCACACGUGAUUUAUUCAUCUUUCGUUGAAUUUUCCUGUACAAAUAGUUUAUAAAAGGAAAAAAAAACAUUGUAUGUUGCGUCAAACUCAUAAGAUGUCACUAAACUCAUUUAUCCAUAGUGAUUUUUUUCCCUGCAGGACCGACACACACUCAAACACAAACACAUACACACACAGAAAACAAAUAACGGAAGUCGGAUUGUUUGUUCGAGCACUGAGAACAUUUGAAAUAUGUAAUUAUUUUUUAAAUAUGUGUAUAAACACUUGUAAAUACGUGUUCUGUGUGUUUUUCACCCACUGAAUUCUCUCAUUUUUAGCAGAGGCUUUGUUUCCUCCUUCUCUUGGACUUAAAGUGAGUUUGUGGAAAGACGUGUGUGUUAUUUGCUCGUAUCUAUCUUGUGGUCAGAUUUAUUGACUAAAAACAUUCCACUGAAACUUCCAAUGUGUGAAUCAAUGUCAUUACUCUGUGUAAUGGACGCUGUUGUUAUAAAGAGCACAAUAAACAUUAUUGCACUGGA